AGAGAGAGAGGAGCGUAGUUGUGGUGUACAUGCCCUGCUUUGUACCACUCCUUCUUAUCUCUCCACCCCUCUGUCUGUGUUGUUUCCUCAGAGUUAGCCCAUGCGAGCAGCGUGUGGACUGAGUACAGCUGUUUCGUUCAGAGCAGAGCCCAACAUGUGAGAAGAUGUCUGUUGGAGGUUGUGCUUGUCCUGGCUGUUCGUCAAAGUCAUUCAAGCUGUACUCUCCUAAGGAACCCCCCAACGGCGGCAGCUUUCCCCCCUUCCACCCGGGCGCUAUGCUUGACAGAGAUGUGGGGCCUACACCCAUGUACCCCCCGUCAUACAUGGAGCCAGGAAUGGGGAGACCCACACCGUACGGGAACCAGACAGACUACCGGAUAUAUGAGCUGAACAAAAGGCUACAGAAUUGGACAGAGGAUUGUGAUAAUCUCUGGUGGGAUGCCUUCACCACAGAGUUCUUUGAGGAUGAUGCCAUGCUCACCAUCACUUUCUGUCUGGAAGAUGGACCCAAACGAUACACCAUUGGCAGGACGUUGAUUCCACGAUAUUUCCGGAGUAUCUUUGAGGGGGGCGCCACUGAGCUGUUUUAUGUUUUGAAGCAUCCAAAGGAGUCUUUCCACAGUAACUUUGUAUCUCUCGACUGUGACCAAUGCACCAUGGUUACCCAGAAUGGCAAACCUAUGUUCACACAGGUUUGUGUGGAGGGCCGUCUGUACCUAGAGUUCAUGUUUGAUGACAUGAUGAGGAUCAAGACGUGGCACUUCAGCAUCAGACAACACAGAGAGGUCCUACCCAGGAGCAUUUUGGCAAUGCAUGAUCCCCAGAUGCUGGAUCAGCUAGCUAAAAAUAUCACCAGAUGUGGGCUGUCCAACUCCACGCUCAACUACCUCCGUCUUUGUGUGAUAUUGGAGCCCAUGCAAGAGCUGAUGUCCCGGCAUAAGACCUACAGUCUGAGCCCAAGAGACUGCCUGAAGACUUGCCUCUUUCAAAAGUGGCAAAGAAUGGUAGCACCUCCAGCCGAGCCAGCCAGACAAGCACCAAACAAGAGGCGGAAAAGGAAGGUGUCCGGCGGUAGCACUGUGAGCACUGGCGGAGGCAGCAAUAACAACAGCAACAGCAAAAAGAAGAGUCCAGCCAACAGCUUUUCUCUCUCCAGCCAGGUACCUGACGUGAUGAUGGUGGGAGAGCCCACUCUGAUGGGAGGGGAGUUUGGUGACGAGGACGAGCGUCUGAUCACACGGCUGGAGAACACGCAGUUCGAUGGGGCGAAUGGCCUGGAAGAUGAGGACAGUUUCAACAGCUCGCCUGCACUGGGGGCACACUCGCCCUGGAACAACAAGGCUCCCUCCAGUCAGGAGAGCAAGAAUGACAACUCCCAGUCUUCCCAGUAGAGUGCUGAGGUCCCAGCCAGCCCCUUUUCAAUGCUUAAACCUACUGGGAUCCACCUGAGCCAACAAGCUAGUGAGAGGAGUCAGGGAGGGAUGCCUCAAGCACUUGUGUUCAAUUUACUUGUGUUUGUUUUGUUCAGUUAUACUUCAAAGAUGAAAGGAGAGUGGUUAGGGAAAGGGAUACUAGUUGGUGGACUGAAGGAGCUCUAUGCUGCUACAUGAAGGACAGUUACAGCAGAAUCCUACUCUCGCUCCCUCACAUUGUUGCACAUGCUCAGUGGUGCUCAGCCUUGGCCCUUGUCUGCUCGGCUUCAGUCAGUCCUCUUAGAGGUGUGGUGAGACUGGCGGGGAUGGCGGUGUGUGUGCAUGGGUGUUAACCCCCGAUCAUCGCUCACCACAGCGUUUGAGCCAGAGGUGGCGUGCCCUGUUGUCUGAGUGCUCGCCAUGGCGACCAUGUCAGUGGGUUCUUGUUCCAACCUCGGGUCUCUCAGGCGUGGUUUUCCUUGACGACGCACCUCAUUGUUUCUGUUGUGCUCAUGUCACAGGGAAGAAAUGCUUAGUUUUUAUUUAACUUAUUUUUUUGCAGGCUGCAGAAAACUGUGUGCACUAUUAGCAUCAAAAUUCAACGUCCGGUUUUUAAAAACUCAAUUAUUUGUUUUUGUAGGACCUGGUUGGAACAAAAACCUGUACAGUGCCGGAGCUUGAGGACCGGAGUUGAGAACCACUACGCUAAAUCUUAAACCCACACACUCUCACACACACACACACACACACACACACACACUCACACACAAACACUCACACACACUCACACACAAACACUGACACACACCCAAACCAGUGCACACACCAACACACACUCACCUACACCUACAACAUAAAACAUUGAGGUACUGGAGAGAGGUGGUACGCAGCAUGUCUGGACGAGAGCACCAGAUGCUACAGAAGUGUGUUUUCAUUUUCUAUGUUUUAGACUUGUUUUGAAUUUUUUUUUUAUUUUUGUAAACAAUUUCUAAAAAACAAACAGACAAGCAAGCAAACAAAAACACCCCAGAAUAUUCUUUGCACUGUUUUCCACUAUUAACUCCAAUCUAUUUUUCUUAUGAAUUGACAGUGUAUUUUUUUCCUUUUCUAUUAUUGCUAAUGUAAGAACUGUAAAACAUCUGAAACCUGCAGUAUAUUAAUGUAUAAGUAUUGCUGUUAGAUCAUUCUUAUUGUGAUGGUUAAUAACUUUCAUGUAAGUCUAUGCUUGAUAUAAUGUCAUCCAUCUGUAUCAGACAUCACACUGUCAUGAGGUCCAUCAGCUUCAGUGCUAGAAAACCGGUCAAGGAGAACAACGCUAGUGUUUUAAUACUGAGCUUCAUCUUGUUUGAUGUGAGUCCAAAGCAGCACACUGGAAACCAUUUUCCCCCCGCUAAAUUUCCAAGAAGCACCUGGUUUGGAUCUGUUGUCUUGUCAUUGCAGAACUGUUUGCUUUGUCUUGAAUUCUCUAUCUGGGGGUGCUCUCUUUAGAGAACAUAAUAACAGAGAACUUCUCAAAUUUGCUACUCAAAAAUAUUUUAAAAACAAGUUUUGACAGGAUUGUAAAAUAAGAAAAAAAAAGACUUUUGUAUUAACUUAAGUUUCCCAGAAAUGUUUUUAAUCACAAUUAAGAAAGCUGCAGACCAAGGAGCUAAAUGUAAAGAUUCUUUAGAUAUUGAUUACAUUGCGCUGUUUGUUUUAUGAAAAAUCAUUUUGUUGGCUUUACUCAUGUUUGUGUCUGUGCUUGUAUAUUUUUAGGUAGUUAUUUCUGUAAAAGUUAUUCUAUGUAUUCCUCCCUAGAACUACGAGAAACUCAAUCUAAUGUAAAAAGAUGAAAAGCUUCUUAAAAGUUUUUUUUUUUUAAACGUGAUUUUUAAUGGUACAAUCACUGAUAAAAUAAUUUUGCCCUCAUUUUAGCAAACUGUAUUUAUUUUUCUAUGUACUGACAUUCUGUUUAGAUCCGACCCGCCUGUACAGUACUCAUGAUGAUAUAUGGAGGAGUUUGUGGGGCUGCAGAGUCAGUUAAUGCUGAUAGAGGUCAUUCUGUUACUUGUUUUGUGUGACAUGCAGCUCCUGAGUCAAUCUGGCUUCAUCUUCACAAUGGUUAAGUAUACAUUAGAGUAUACAUUAAAGAGAUAUUUAAUAGCUAUUUUCUGCUGUUGUAGGUUUCUGGUCUAUCUGAAAACUUAUCAGAUGCGCAAAAAAAAACAAAAACAAAACAAUAAAUAACCACAU